AUGAUUGAGUCGGUUUCUGAAAAAAUAAAUAAACUGCAACAGCAAUUCUCAGUGGAUGAUUAUGUCAAUUGUAUAAUAAAAAAUAAAGGAAUAUUCCUUGGUCAGGUGAAAUGGUGCAGUAAAUUGUUUUCAGGAGAAUGGAAAACACAUUUUUUAGAAAUUACCGAUCGAGGUUCAUUAAUUCAUUCUGUUGGUAAAAAAGAAAUGGUACAGAUCAAUGCAACAUCAUCUACAACUAACUUAUCAAUACAUGAAAUGGACAUUGCACUAGAAUCUUUCCAGCAGACACCUAAUCACGCAAUUAUUAAGAGUCUUCAAGGGUCAGUUGUCAGACUAGUAAAAUCUCAAGAUCCUGUACCAAUCAUCCACAUAGAAAUAUUUUCAUCAGAAUCAAAAGAUUACUAUUUUAAAGUGUUUUCAACAUCAAAGUUCAAAGAAUUAUUGAUAGUUCUUACUUGGUGGAGUUCAAUGAAACCAGCUGGCCUAUAUAAUAAAUUAUGCUUAUUUAAACAUGAUAAUACUGAUAGCAUAUUCCCAACGACAGGAAAAGAUUCGACCAAUAAUAUUUGCCAAUUAAAUAUUUUUGGACCAAUUUCUUCAAAUAGACACAUAUUUGUAAAUAAUGAUAUUAAUAAUAAUAACAAAAAUAAUAAUAAUAUGAGUAUGACGGAUAAUAAUAACAACAAUAUAGCUCUGAAAUCACUGCCAUUUUUUGAAAAUCAUAAUGAAAGGACUUAUGAAUGGUUUCCAGCUAUAGGAGUGAUUGAUGGCCAUGGAAGGAUAAAAUUAUUAUCACAGAUUGAUGGUAGUCUAAUUUACUCAAUUGAUUUAACAACUUUAUUACGGUCAGAAAUUAUUUGUGUGGAUUCAUCAUUAACACCAGACAAUUUUUGUAUCUUUCUAAGUGAAAAUAGUCACAUUAGGAAGAGAUUUAAGAUGAAUACUCAUUUCAGAAUAUACGAAUCUAAUAAUAGGCCUUAUCCAUCGUGCAAAGAAAUCUUACUUUCUUUUCCAUCAAAAUUUGAUAUGACACAAUGGUACAUGUCAAUGUUAUCUUUUGCUAUAAAUGAAAGAUUAUCUUUAAGUUAUAUGAAUAACUCUAAUCAAUUGAGGCUUUCAAAUACAUUAAGAAUAUGUAUACUUGAGGCAAAUCUGGAAAUUAUUCAUCUUGAUGCUUUGGGUGAUUAUGGUUUACAUGUGGAAAUAUUGGCAAACGGAAAACUUAUUGCUAAAACAGCUGUUGUUCAUAGCACAAAUUUGCCCUUUUGGAGAGAAGAAUUUACAAUUCAAGAAAUCAUUCCAAUAUAUGAAUUAAAAUUUAGGAUAGUGCACAAUAUAUACAAUUCGACGAGUAAUAUAAAAACUCAAGUAAUAAGUGAAAUAAAUAUGAAUCAAACCAUACUUGAAUCCGAGAAAUUCAAUACAGAAGUUUGGGUUCCUAUAUAUGACCUAAAAAAUACACACUUUCAAAUAGGUAGUAUAUGUCUGAAGAUUGAUACUAAUUUACAAAUUGUAUUAGCAGAUAGCAAUUUUUCAAAAUUUAAAUCCUUAUUGUUAAGGUGUCCAAUGGAUCAAAUAUUGAAGCUUGUAAUUGAUAAGUUGAAAGAGAAUAUCUCUUUGAUGAAGCCUCUAUCAAGAGUAAUGUUGAAUAUAUUUCAAUACUACAAGAAAGAACUUGAAUGGUUUCAUAAUAUUAUUAGCUACGAAAUGAAUAGAAACAACUAUCUCACAAGCUCGUCUUCUUCACUAAUAUUAAGAUCUACCGAACAAACUUACAACUCUAUAUUUCGUGGUAAUUCUCUGUUCACUAUUUCAGUCGAAAAGUAUUUUAAUAGAGUUGGUGAAGAAUAUUUAUUUAAAUCAGUAGGUGAAACUAUUAAAGACCUUAUCAAAAACAAUGAUAAGAUAUCUUUUGAGACUGAUCCUCAAAGAAUUUUGCUAAAUACAAAAAAGGAAAUUGAUGAACAGAUUAAAACCAACGAAGAAAAUCUUUUGUACUGGUUAGAUAAGCUUUGGGAUAUAAUACACACUACUAGUAAUGAUCUUCCUACAGAAAUAAAAUAUAUUAUAAAAUUGAUUCGACAGCAGUUAGAAAUGUUAUGUUUAGACAAGAAUAAAUUACAAGAAGUUACUUUGUAUUGUGUGUCUAGUGUAUUAUUUUUAAGAUUCUUUUGUCCAAUAAUAUUAAAUCCACAACUUUUCAAAUUGAUUCAUGGUAACUGCUCAGAAUUAAUGAGGCGUAACUUAACUAUAUUGAGCAAAAUAUUAUUGAAUUUCUCCAGUCUAACAUUUUUUGGAGUGAAAGAAAAGUGGUUAACACCAAUGAAUGACAAAUUUAUUAAUAAGCAUAAGAAUGAAUUAAUUGAUUACAUAGAAAGAGUUAGUGAAAAGAAGUUAGAUUUUACUCCAAAAAAAUUUAAAUUUAAUUAUCCAAAAGUAAUUAAUAAUAAAAAAGAUAAUUAUAUUGAUAAUAGUAAUAGUUUUGAUAGUCGGUUUUUUAUUGAUAUUCAUUGUAACGAAACAGAAUUGAUUAAGAUAUUAAACAAUAAUAACAAUGGUUCUUACAGUAUUAAUAGAAAAGAGGAAAUUGAUAAUGCAAAUCAUCUGACUAUUGGUACUUUAGAGUUUGAAGACAUUACUAAGGAUAAUACAGAGAUUUUUGGAGAUGAAUUUAAAUCACAAUUACAGAUACAUGAUAAUAUAAAAGAUAAUAAUGAUAGUAAUAAUAUUUUGAUAAGUAAUACUGAGGAAAUAAAACAAGAAUAUCUGUUAUUGAACCACAGAUUGAAUAACUUGAUAACUAUUUUUGAGAAAAAUGAGUACCCUGGUCAUAAUAUUAGUAAUAAUCGAGAAUAUAUUGAAAGAUUGUGUCAUUCAAUGUACCUUAAACAGUCAAAUAAAAAUGGCACAAGAAAAAAUGAUGAUACUAUAGAGAUAGUCAUUGACAUGCAAGGUAUAAAUAAAUAUAAGCAGUCAUUCUUUGGUAAAGACAAUAUAUUCAAUUAUGAAAAAUAUUGCGUCUUAGAUUUUUCUGCAGAUAAUGACAAUGAGUGUCCAAAAUUUAACACAGAACAAACUGGUUUAGAUAAUAAUUUGCUAAAAGAUAAAUUGUUUGUUAAUAACAAAAGUAAUAAAGAUACUACGUUAACUAGGAAUAAUUCAAAGAAAAGAUUUUCACGCAUUACAUCUCUUAUUGUGGGUAAAGAGCCUAGCAAUAAAAGGACUAUAAGAAAUAGCAUAGUUGGUAAUAACGAUAAUAGUGGCAACGGUAUUAGUCGGUGGUUCCACACAAAAAAAUAA